AUGGCGGAUCGACAUCGCAACUAUCAUCACCUCAGCCGCCCGGCAAGUACGAACCCUUCGCGAUCCUCUGUGCCGGCUGGGGUGGUAUAUCAGACGUCAUAUGCAGACGACUCAUAUUUGAACGCGGCCAGCAGCCGCCAUCCUGCCACUUCGCCUCGUGGCCACUCCAGCUCCGCGGCUUCCUCUGGCCAGCCCGCCACGAUAAGAACUUACGCUUUCCCUCAGAAUCCCCGAUCUCACCUUGCAACCCGCGACCACAUCCACACCAGGCGAUCAACCAUGGACUCGGUAACAAGGCCGCCUAUGAUUAUAACUACAAGACAAGUCGAUCGACCUCAUAACAGCCCAGUUCAUAGCACCGGUGCUCGUAAUAGCAGCCCCGUCCGCGACGACUACCGCCAUGCCAACUCCCAGUACUAUGCAGUGCCAGCCUCCACGAGCCGUUCCUGCAGUGCUGCGCGGCCCUACUACGUUGAAGGCCAUACUCACCGCAGAGGCCGUGGAGACAGCCUCCUAAGCCCCAACGAUGCUGAGUCUUAUUGUCUACCCCGGCCUUCCGCCCCCUACUCCAGCAAUGCCCGCCAUAGUGCAGCAUCGAUCGACUAUGGAGAUGACGGGUACAAGUACACAAAUGCUGGAGAGUUGGUCCGGUAUGAUCUUGACCACCCUAAACCAUCUCGGUCCCAGCGAUACGACAGCUUUGAACGGGGCUACUAUCGUCCUCGAGCAUCGUAUGCCAUGGACCCCAGGAGUGAUGGCGCGAGACACGAGAUUGAUCGGGCCUAUGCCGUGCCUCAUGGACGACCAGAUGCGCGCAGCGGCCUCCCGCCAUCCACCCGCAGAUUCGACAAAACGCACAGGGACUACACCCUCGACCCAGAUCACCAAGCCCCGCCUGCCGCGCCGAAGCCUCCGCGGCCACUCCCAUAUUCCGAAACAUCUGGGAACUUACGGGACACAGGAGUGAGGCACCGGCGACCCGUUUCCAUCAGUCAGGAGCCAUCCUAUUGGGACAAUUCAUAUACCAGUCGAGAGGCCCUGCGAGAUCCUCCCAGCCACGCUCGUGAUAACAGUGAUGACAGGGGAGUGGAGAAGAGGCGACCUCAUUCCACACACUUUUACGAUGACAGUGAUCCAAGUCGUGGCUUUGGUGUUCGCACAAGCCCGGAUGCUGCCCCAGACAACCGACCGAAUAGCCGACGUGAUGGCCAGCGUGACCGAGACGAACCUCGGAGAAGUGAUCAUGUACGCUCUGGGGAGAAGCCACUUUUUGAACCUCGCAAAUCUACACAGGAUCGCCCAACGCUUUUCACUAGUGAAAGCAAACAUCUGGAGGGCAACCGAAAGGAUAAUAGCAGAGAGACUUCUCACCGUGUUCUUGAAACCGCGGGCACAGGCCUCGGCAUAACCGCUGCCACGGCCGCACUUUCUGCGUCUAGGAGAGACAAUGAGCCCGAACCGGUCAGCGGUCUUGGUGAGCAAAGAGACGCUGGGCCCAGCUCCGCUACUAGGGACUCGAUCCGUCGUGAGACAUCAGACGCUGCGAGGACUUCUUCACCCAAAGGCUCUGCAGAGGCUACGAGGGAUCGGUAUAGCCCACGACCAGAAGCUGCCAGAAUAAACGAAGAUUCCGGUGGACUCUCGGAUAACGGGGGAGCUUCUUUGGUCAAGUACAGUACGCCGUCUGUAUCUGACUCAGAUGAUGCGGGGAGGGGCAGAGUUGGAAGAGAUUCGCGGCCGUCCAACUCUUUUAACCCCAGAGAUGCUGAUGAUCUCCGCCGGGUGAAGGAGCAACUUGCUGCUCUGCGGAUGCAAGACAGUCAACAGCAGGGUAAUGCUACUCCGUGCGGUGAAAAUGAGCGUUCGGCCCGCUCCCCAUCCCCGCGAAAGGAGGCCCCGGGUGUUCCUGCACCAGAUAAUGCCAACCAGAACUAUGCUGUCGGCUUUCCAGCCGACAAGAAACAUGCCCGUGUCGUUUCACCUCCUCGUGAUAAAAGAGAGGACAAGCCUCUGAGGGGUAUCCUCAAGCAGCCAAGCGCCAGCUUCCCUGAGGAGGCUAAUCCUGUCCGGGAGGGGGUUGCUCCUCAUAAGGAGGAUAAAAAGCUCAAGGAAGUCCCGCCUGGGGCAAGGUGGACAAAAAUUAACCGGAAGGUGGUCAAUCCCGAGGCCCUUACUAUUGGGCAGGAGCGAUUUGAGGAGCGAGAUGAUUUCGUGAUUGUUUUGCGAGUCCUCAGCAAGGAAGAGAUACAAGCAUAUGCUGCCGCGACUCAAGUUCUUCGAGAGCGACGGCGAACGCGGGAUCGGCCAGACCGUGAACAGGAGCGGAGGCAUCGUCAAGACGACGACAGCUCCCGUCAUCAUCGCUCACAUCGCCCUCAUGGGUGGGGUGAUGGGUAUAAUAAUUCCAACGACGGUAAAACACGGGCUAUUGAUGGCAACGUUGACGCCAAUGGGGGGCAACUAAGUGCCAGUGAUGACGGGACUGACGGUCCUAGUGGUGGGUUGGUGGGCGUCGAUGGCGAGGGUGGUCGGGCGAGGCGAUCGAGACAGGAGGAUGAGGACAGUGAUACGGCGGCUAGAAGGCGAGACAGGGCCCGUGAUGAUAAUGCAGAUGGGGAUUCUGAGCGACGGAGAAGGCCUGCGAGGGAUGAUGACAAUGGGCGUGAACAGCAUCGUGGUGAUGGCGAUAGAUAUCGCCGUUAG